CCUACCGUAAACAACGGGUGGCCACGUUCGCUUAAAGGGCGACACUACGCAUCUUGUCCACAUCGCAUCGAAGUGCUAUUGCCCAGCCAAGCAAUCAGGUCUUGGAGGAGCCGUGUAACGAUGUUUCGACCCUCCUCAGCAACAUGGAGUGCCGUGAAUCUGCUGUUCCUUGUCUUUGGCGUUCUAGUGCCCGUCCACCUGGCAGCCGAGAUAUGUCUGCAGGGUGUUCAGCUCACUGCAACAAUCACAAGUCGAUUGCCAUCCGAAUGGUCAGAUGACCUCAACUGCGAAAGAGCAUGUGAAUAUAUCUUUGUCAAUGCAGCGUUCUUUAAUGGGACUACAGACGACAAUCAGCACCUCAGCCCCUGCCAGAACCCGUAUGACGUCAAGCAAAUCCUCUCCGUGGCAGAUCACAAGUGGUCUGAUAAUAAGGACCCUAUGGCGAAGCGUUGUGUCUGUUUUGUAAAGAUCAGCUUUCCUCAGCUCUAUUGGAUGCCACAAGGCAAUAUCGACUGCGCCCUUGGAAAGGUUCUUGGAAACUUGAAGGCUUCAAUGACAAAGAAAUGGCAGACGGUACGGGGUUUUGUUGACUCAAAAGGCAGUACUGGCCAGGUCAUCUCUGUCGAUUUUAAGAGAACUGGUGCACCCAUUCUUAUUGCCCGUUGCAAGACCAAAUAGCUUCGUGGCUGGAUACAGCUCCAAAAUUUGACAAGUCUAUCCUUUUUAGAAUCGAUAUUGAUUUACCUCAAGAUAUCUUUCCGCAAUGAUCGUCAUUUUUGU